AUGCUGCUGAACCCGUCGCUGAAUGAGCUCCGUGAAUACGUCGGCAGCCGUCGUUGUGCCAUCGACAUCGGCCUCUGGCAGCUGAGUGAUCGCGCGGUGGGUGGGGUGGGGUGGGGGUCGCACUCGCACUCGCAUUUCUUUUUUUUUUUGCGCCGAUUGCUUCAGGGAGUAUUACUUGUAUCACGACUUUGGUUUGGCGCUUGGAGAACGCCCACAGUGGUGCAAUCCAUGGUGGGGCAGCUGCGAGUCAAGAUUGCCACACUGCCCGAGGCACGUCUGUUUCGCUUCCGCACCACAGCGGAGCUCGUCUUCUCGAUGACUCCCAUUCAGAGCGCAGAGUCGUUGCAGGAUGACUUUUGGUCGUCACGAAUGCCAUGA